CUGAACGUCACAAUAAUAGGAACUGAACUGGCCGCUUUGCAAUCACGGUUUAGCUUCCAGUCGUCCAGCGGCACAAAACCUAGUAAGAAUGUCUGCAAAUGGAGGAGACGAAUCGACUCUUUCUUUGGCUGAUAUCUCGGUGGAUGACGACGAGCUUCGUGAAGCUUUCGCGGUUUUGGCUGGGAGUGACCCAGAGAAAUGUUCUUAUCCUGAGGGAUACAUGAAACGCCAGGCCGUUUUUGCUUGCAACACUUGCACAUCUGGAGAUAUGGAGCCGGCUGGUGUAUGCCUCGCAUGUGCCAACCACUGCCACGACGGGCAUGAUAUCUUUGAACUGUAUACCAAAAGAAACUUCCGUUGUGACUGUGGAAAUGGGAAGUUUGGCUCCUUUGAAUGCAAAUUGAAUCCUGGGAAGGACAGACAGAACAUAAAGAAUCAAUAUAAUCAUAACUUCUUUGGCCGAUACUGCGCCUGUGACAGGCCCUAUCCUGAUGAUGAUGAUCAGGUGAAUGAUGAGAUGAUCCAGUGUGUUGUGUGUGAGGACUGGUACCACUCAAAGCACCUUGGCUGUCUGGUUGUAGACUCUGAGGAGCUUUUGGAAAUGGUGUGUGAGAGCUGUAUGAACAAGGCCCCUUUCCUCUGGACCUAUGCUUCUCACUAUGCAGUUCCACCUUUAACCAAGCUGAGCCCUUGUAAAGAAGACAGUGAAGUGAAUGUAGAGGAAGAGGAGGAAGCGAGUGGAGGGGACAAAAAAGAGAGUCCAUGUGCGAGUGGGAGGGAGUGGGCCUCAACAAGCUGCAGCACUCAAAAUGGCACAAAGCUGGUGACCAAUGGGACCGCAGGUGUUAAGAGGACCCACCAGGAGAUGGAGAAUUGUCCCAUGAAAUGCCAGUCUAAAAGUGUUCACUGUGUGUUGAGAGAGUUAAAGGCCAAAGAGUUAACACGGGUCCCAGAGGGAGCAGUGUUCUGGCCCUACUUUUGGCGUGCCAAACUUUGCACAUGCACAGAUUGUAAGAGAGCCUAUGUCAAGGCAGGUGUGGAGUUUUUGCUGGAUGAGACAGACACUCUGCUGGCAUAUGAAAACAAGGGUAAAUCACAGACUUGGACAGGAGAAGAGUUGCUCAUGAGUUGCCUCAGCUCUCUGGACCGAGUACAACAGCUGGAGAUCAUUUACCAGUUUAACGACCUGAAGACUGAGCUGACUGAAUUUUUGCAACAGUUUGCCGAUGAGGGAAAGGUUGUGACCCCUGAGGCCAUCCGGACCUUUUUUGAAGAUCUCCAGAACCGGAAGCGGAGACGGACUAAUGUUGGGCAGUACUACUGCAGUUGAACCAGUCCAGACUAAACCCUCACUCCAAAACUUGACUUAGUCCAGAGGUGCAGUUUAGCAUCGGUGGUUCCUCUGGGCAGACCUACAUUUCCUUUAAAUAAAAUUGCACAUUAAAAAUGAUGAUGCUGCUGCUGUACAAAUGGUUUCUGAAAGGUUGUAUGAGAAUAUUUUUUUGGGGUGUUCCCUUUUACACGCUGCGAUUGUUCAAAUCUUUCGGGAGACGAUUUCUUAUUUUCUGUGUGGUUUUUACAUGAGGUGUUGAUGGGAACAUUUUGCAUUAGGCAGUAGUUAUGUGAACAUGCCUUUCCUUUGUCCUAUAACACUGUGCACUGUGCCAAGACCAGCUCUGUUUCACUCCCUUUGCAAUCUCAUGUCACAGCUCACUAUCAUGGCCUUUGAUUGAUUGAUACAACCGUACAGAUAAUUCAGAGUUCAGGCUAAAUCUUCUCACGUAUCUGUAGCUAUA